GCAGUCGGAAUGGAUACAUUCGCUGCUCGUCUCGCCAGCUUCGAUCUGGUGCUGCAGCCGGAGAAGCGCAGGUCUUCGAGCGCAAAGACGGUUAAGCCCAUAACAUGGCCUCACAGCAACCCUUCUCCCGCCGAGCUCGCUCACGCCGGUUUCUACUACAACCCCUACGAGACGAACCCGGACAAUACAACAUGUUUUCUAUGUAAUCGGGCGCUGGAUGGAUGGGAGGAGGAUGACAACCCGAUUACAGAGCAUCUGAAACACGCUCGCGACUGUGGAUGGGCCGUCAUGAUGGAUAUCCAGCAGCGCAGCUCCAACCCCGCCGAGAUUGAAGAUCCUACCAGCGAGAAAAUUGCAGACGCACGGCGAUCAACGUUCGGGGAGGCGUGGCCCCAUGACGGUAAGAAAGGAUGGGUGUGUCAGUCGGAAAAGAUGGUCGAGGGCGGGUGGUAUUUCUGCCCUACAGAGGAAAGCAAUGAUCUAGCCAGUUGCGCCUAUUGCAAGUUAUCUCUUGACGGCUGGGAGCCCAAAGAUGAUCCUUAUGACGAACACUAUCGCCGCUCAUCUGAUUGUUCCUUCUUUGUAUUCGCCCGACCGCCGAACAAGAAAUUGAAGAGCUCCAAGGCAAAGAAACCUCGAACCUCCAAGGCCUCUCGCCUCUCUACUCAAUCUAUCGCCACGACGGUAUCAGAAGCUGCCGUGGAUGUGAACGAUAUGGCGGAUGAAAGCACGACAUCUCAGCCCCCUGCUAAAGCGAAACCCUCAAAGAAGACUACGAAACCCAAGGCAAAGAGUGCCAAAUCGAAGAAACAGGAGGUCGCAGACGUUGACAGCCAGAUGGAUCUGGAUAGCGUGGACUAUCAGCACUCCGAGCCUUUGAAACCCAAGCGGGCCGGCCGGGGGAAGAAGAGACAAAGUGAAGACAUGAUUGGAGUUGACCUUGAUCAGGUGGAAAGGGAUAUUAUCGAGCAGAUCGAACCACCGACCAAGAAGAGAGCAACGAAGGCCCGUGUCAGUGUUGUUUCUCAGGAACCAGAGGCGUAUGAUUUUAUCUACAGCCGUGCAGGUUCUCCCGAGCAAGAAGAAUCUGUGCCAGAGAAAGAAGAACCGAAAAAGGGCCGGAAAGCUAGCAAGAAGGAAACUUCAAAAAGCCGAAAAGCAGCCGAAACCACUUCUCUCACAAAGCCAGCCCUUAUGUCUCAAGAGACGGAAAACAUGGAGCUUGAUUCUGUGCCCGUAUCUGAUCGUGAGGGCGAGAUGGGCGAUCCCGAGCCUCAGGCAAUAGAUCCCAAGCCCAAGAACUCCGCCAAAUCCAAGUCCGCCAAGAAGUCGAAGAAGACCCCCGAUGCACAUGACAAAGUUGACAAUACAAAUGAAGAGACAGAACAGCGACGCGAAGAAUCCCAGCCCGAUGAAGAGCUGGAAGAAGCCGAAGUGCCAGUACCCAAGACCAAGUCAGCUAAGGGGACAAAGCGGAAAACGACCAAGAAGCAGAAAGCACAAGAGGAAGAGAGUGUGCAUCCGCUGGAGGAGAGAGUCUCGCUGGAAAAAGAUACCCGAGCCACCGCCGAUCGAGAUUCAACACACCAAGAAUCAUUUGUGUCUGUCGAAAUCAUCAACAAAGAACCAGAGUAUGAGUCGGAUGCAGACAGCCAUACCGCUUCGAAAGAAUCGCAAAAGAAAAGCCAGUCUGCAGAGAAGAAACGCGGUCGUAAAUCGAACCACGCUGCCGUUGAUUCUCCUGUACACGCGGAUGUGGACAUGGCGGAAGCCUCUGAACCCCAAACUGCUCUCGAAGAACCGGAGACUCCUCAGAUCGAGGAAAAAGACACCAAGAGCAAGCAGGAACCUCGACGACGAAGCUCAAAUAUGCCCCCUAAGACUACAGAACGGUAUAGUGACAUCCCCGAAGAGAAACAGCUCGCCAAAUCCAUAACGAAGAUACGCAUUUCCGAUGCUAGCAUCUCUCGUCAUGACGUGAGUCUUAUCCCCGAGACUUCAAGCCCCGUGGUGUCACCGCUGGCGGCGCCUGUAGAGAGUACGCCGUCUCGAUCACCGCAAGCGUCUGAUGCAGAGAACCAGCCUCCCUCGACGCUACAGUACCCUGUGCUGUCGCCCUCGAAAAACCGGACAGUACGCGUUCCAUUGGCGGCCAACACACCUUCGCCUUCGAAACGCAACGUCCUCAAUCCAGGACGCCUCAAGUCCUUGCACCCAUGGAUUCCGAUCGAUAUUGAAGAAAUCCUGAUGGCGAAUUCCAGUGACAAGGAAAACAUCGAUAUCCGCAGUCCGCUGCACGGCACGAAGGGAGAGCUUACAAGCCCGGAGAAGAAGAUGACUGUCGAAGAGUGGAUUUUGUGGAACGCGAAAAAGGGCGAGGAAAAGCUGAAGCACGAGUGUGAGCGACUGGUCAGUCAGUUCGAGAAGGAAGGCGGCAGGGCGAUGCGGGCUUUGGAAGGAAUCGAAUGCAUUGAUUAAGAAUAUGAACAGGGAAUUGGGUUCAGGAACAUGGGAGGUGAGGUGGUGGCGUUGGCAAAUAUUUCGGUAUCUGCGUUGGUUUCAUUAUUAUUGGUACAAUGUGCAACAAUUUAACGACAUGCGUACAUAUAGCUUAUAUGCUUCCCGACCUUUUGAAUCCCAACCGACGUCCAUGUAGUUGAAUCUAUACACAGUAUGUAAACCCCCCCAAACGCCA